AUGAGCGCCUUUGAGGCGACAACCAAGCCCAGACCGGAGUGUGGCGGGACUCAGUCGGUCGGUCGGGCCUCGGCAACUGGCGUGUCGGCAAGUCUUCAGUCGGUCACGGAGUCAGCUUGCCUGAUUGGCCCGCCGUCGGGGGAUAGAUACAGCAGGUCGAAGGACAAGACGACACAGCAAUUUGUCAAUCCUUCAGAACAAUUGGCGUCUCCAAGGUCGAGUCAAUCCGAGGCGACCGGUCAAAGAACAUCGAGUCCCGACCCCUCGACGCAUGCCAUAAGUCGAGAGGACCAGUCGUCCCGGCGACCGGACAAAUGCUCGGGCGGGCUCAACUCAAAGGAGGCGGAAGAGAAGGAGGUGGUGAUGGUCGCCAUGGCUACACCAGACUUCAGAGAUCACGAUGAGGUCGGCAAGACAGAAGACUGGCCGUCAGCGGGGUCGGUUGAACAGGGCGAGUUGCCAGGGCAGCCGGAGGCGAAGACGUCGGCAAGUCAUAAAGCAGGCGGCGCAUUGCCGCUGGUCGGGCUGUUCUCAGCCUCGAGCCUCGGUUUCAUGUUGGCCAACUUUGAGAGCUUUUGUGAUCCGAAACCGCCAAAGACCGGAGCCAAAGCGACCAAUAAACCGCCUGGCGUUUGGCCGACUCGACCACCCGAAAACAUGGCGAUGGCCGGUUGGGGUGUGACGAAAGCUCAUCCAGCCUCAGUCGAGGCCAUAGCAACGACACGGCGAGGAGCUGCGACCUUGGCCACUAAGACGGCUGGUUUUGGUCUGCGAAAAACGAGGCCGGCGGAGUUACCGCGCUUGGAUCGUAUCAGCCGAACUGCAAUUCGGCCUCGAGUCAUUGUCGCCAACUCGACCGUUGCCAAUUCGCUGUUGCCACCGCGACUGCCGGUCCAGUUGGCCGGCAGUCUUGUCCGUGGUCUGCGUUGCCGAUCGCCCGGUCUGUUGACCAGAGUCCUGGCCUCGGGAGUCGAGGUCUCCUAUCAACAGUGUGUUGGUGUGUCGGCCCAGCCGACCAGUCACAGUCGUGCAGGCCAGACCUUCCGGCAGCCCGGCAGCGCUCCGGCCUGCUUCAACGUCUCAGGGGCGCCGAAGGGGUCUCGAGCCGGGCUGACGACAGACCCGGAACUCGACCUUUUGUAG